GGGCAGGGGCGCAUGGAGGGGGACAGGAACAAAGAGCAGGGACAGCAGCGGCUUUUCUACCCUCGGUGACACCUCCAUCCCGCGGCUCCAGACCCUAUUAGCCAGACGGGCAGGCGGACCCGCAGCCCUUCCUCUUCUAGUGGGCGCUCGUCCCCUAGGUGCCCUCCUGCAGCCCCUGAGUCCAGCGCGCGGCACCGGGAGGCUGCCGCCCGGUGCAGCGCCGAGCAUCCUCCUCAACAUUCUCUCUGCUCCCCGCCCCCCUUCGCCCUCUCCAUCACACCUGCGGGCCCUUUUCGCCUCUCUUUCGCAGAAUCGAAAGCCCCCCAAUCCCGCCUGCAUCUCUUUAGCACUCUCGCCCUGCCCAGUCCGCGAACCUUCCCAAGCGCCGGGUCUCCCUUGCUGCUAUGAGGUCCCCCGUCAGCAAGAGCCGCCCCCUUGCCACCUUCCUGCAGCAAUUGCGCAGCCCUGGGCAGCCCCCCAGAGCCGUGACAUCCACUGCGUGCACUCCUCCUCGGCCGCGGGAGGUGCCCCUCUGCCCGCUGAUGGCACGUGGCGAGGCGCAGAAGGAGUCCGCCCUGCCCGGCCCCACCAACUGGCCGCUGCUGGGCAGCCUGCUGGAGAUUCUCUGGAAAGGGGGACUCAAGAAACAGCACUACACACUGGCGGAGUACCACAAGAAGUACGGCGAGAUUUUCCGCAUGAAGUUGGGUUCCUUCGACUCGGUGCACCUGGGGUCACCGUGUCUGCUGGAGGCGCUGUACCGCACCGAGAGCGCGUAUCCCCAGCGGCUGGAGAUCAAACCGUGGAAGGCCUAUCGCGACUAUCGCAAGGAGGGCUACGGGCUGCUGAUCUUGGAAGGAGAAGACUGGCAGAGGGUCCGGAGUGUCUUUCAAAAGAAACUGAUGAAACCAGUGGAAAUUAUGAAGCUGGACAACAAAGUCAAUGAGGUCUUGGCUGAUUUUAUGGGGAGACUGGAUGAACUCUGUGAUGAACGAGGCCACAUUGAAGACUUAUACAGUGAACUGAACAAAUGGUCAUUUGAGAGUAUCUGCCUUGUGUUAUAUGAGAAGAGAUUUGGCCUCCUUCAGAAGAACGUAGGGGAAGAAGCUUUGAACUUCAUCACGGCCAUCAAAACGAUGAUGAGCACGUUUGGGAGGAUGAUGGUGACCCCGGUGGAGCUGCACAAGAGCCUCAACACCAGAGUCUGGCAGGACCACACGCUGGCCUGGGACACCAUUUUCAAAUCAGUCAAAUCAUCUAUCAACAGCCGAUUAGAGAAGUAUUCCGAGACACGAAAUGCAGAUUUCCUUUGUGACAUCUAUCACCACAAUCGGCUUUCAAAGAAAGAACUGUAUGCUGCCAUCACAGAGCUCCAGCUGGCUGCAGUAGAAACGACAGCAAACAGCUUAAUGUGGGUACUCUACAAUCUAUCCCGACAUCCCCAAGUGCAACAAAAGCUUCUUGAGGAAAUUCAAAGAGUAUUUCCCGAGAAUCAGAUACCCCGGGCAGAGGAUUUGAGAAAUAUGCCAUAUUUAAAAGCCUGUCUGAAAGAAUCUAUGAGGCUUACCCCAACUGUACCAUUUACAACUCGGACUCUUGACAAGGAAACUGUUCUGGGUGAAUAUGCUUUACCCAAAGGAACAGUGUUGAUGCUAAAUACCCAGGUGUUGGGCUCUGAUGAAGACAAUUUUGAAGAUUCAAGUCACUUUAGACCUGAGCGUUGGCUUCAAGAGAAGAAGAUUAGCCCUUUUGCACAUCUUCCAUUUGGCGUUGGGAAACGAAUGUGCAUCGGCCGCCGAUUAGCCGAGCUCCAGCUCCACUUGGCACUUUGCUGGAUCGUCCGCAAAUACGACAUCGUGGCCACCGACAAUGAGCCUGUGGAGAUGCUGCACCUUGGCAUCCUGGUGCCCAGCCGAGAGCUCCCCAUCGCCUUCUGCCGGCGAUAAGAUACCUCAGAGACUAUGAAUGGUGAUUUUUACUUUCCUGCAGGAAUGAUGCUACAAACUUCUGCAUUACUCGAAUGCAAACUUCAAAAGCCGGAGAGUCCAAAGCAUCUGAAGAACAUGGAGGCCCCGCUGCUGUGUUAAUACUUUCCGUACUGUCUACAAAGAUGAUGGUGUUUAUUAGGAAUGUAUCCAACUCAGGGAAUCGGGUUGAGUGUUGGGAUACAAGGCACUUUACAGGGUACCCUACACUACUUCAAUGUUAGCGGCAUCCUGACUUACCUGGAACUAUCCAGGACCUGGCUCUUUCUCAGCUCCCAUGACCUGAAAGGGAGGCUGGACACUUGCCAGACCAUCAGGUGAAAGUGGCUAAGGGCUUUGGGCCCUCCCCUACCAAAUUCACCAUGUGGAUAUUUAAGUCUCAAGAGUAAGUUUAUGUUUAACAAAUGAAAGGCCUAACCACAGCUGUCGAGCUGAUUCUGACUCAUAGCAACUCUAUAGGACAGAGCAGAACUGCCCUAUAGGGUUUCCAAGGCGUAAAAACUGCUACACCCUUCUCCCUCAGAGUGGCUGGUGCGUUGGAACUACCAACCUUUCGGUUAGCAGCAAAGCACUUAACCAUACUGCACCAACAGGACUCCAGUGAAAGACCCACUACAGCUAAAUUGCUGACACACAGGGAGGGAAUACUGAUGGUUAAUUUAUUGUAACUCGUUGAAUGCAAUGUUGGGGAAAAUAUUUCUUAACAAUGUAAGCUAAGCUAAAGCCCCAUGAGAGCUUUUCCUGUUUUGAAUGAAAACAUAAUUGGGAAAUUACAGAAAACGUAUAGUUUAAGUCCCUGGGUGGUGCAAACAGUUAACAUGCUCAGCUGCUAACUCAAAGGCUGGCGGUUCCAGUCAACCCAGAGAUGCCUGGGAAGAAAGGCCUGGAGAUCUACUUGCAAAAAAAACUAGCAAUUGAAAGCCCUCUGGAGCACAGUUCUCCUCUGAAGCACAUGGGGUCGCCAUGAGCCAGAGUCAACAUGACAGCCACUGACAUAUUUUCUGAAGUACUUUAACGAAGCCAGAAUCUCUCAUCUAAGAAAGCCUUGUUUUAAUACAUUAACAAAGUAAAGAAUUUUGUUUUGGUUAAAGGACUCUAAAAUUCUUUAUUUUGUUUUGUUUUUUUCUAUGGCACUGGGAUGUGUGUCAACAGCUUUUAAAUGUAGGUGUGUGUGUAUGAGUGUAUUCUAAUGACAAUUUGCUGAAGUCAUUUUUUUAUAAAUAUAUAUGUACGGUAUUUGACUUAAGAUUUGUGGUUUAGGGUAAUGUUCUGAAGUUUAGCCACAAUUUAAAAAUAUCCAGUGUGACUUUAAGACUGUGACCUCCAAUGCCUUAGUUUUUCAAUCUAUAGAAUGGGACAGUAGUAAAAUUUGUAUCUAUUAGAGAUUAACUGUAUAUCAUUAUUAUGUGCUUUGAACUCCUUGGGAAAAUAUGAUAUCAAAAAUGCAAAAUUCAUAGAGAUUUAUGCAAUACUUUAAAAACUUCUGUUUAAAAAUUGUGUUUACAGGUAUUUUAUUUGCAUGCAUUUUUACUGGUUUCCUAAAAGCAUACUGUAUAAUUCCGUAUAUUUGAUUAGGAUUUCCAUUUGUUAUAUUUUAGAAUAUUUCAGAAGUACAGCAUAUGUUUAUAGCUUUGUAUUUUAACAAAUAUGUAUAUUUUGCUAAAAUAGGUAUAUGCUUUUGCCCUGCUGUGAGAAUAUUUUUAGUAGAAUUAUAAAUCUGCAUGUAUUGUCAAA